UUGGGAUUAGUCCGGUUUCCUCAUGAUGUUUUCCUUCACUGAACAGCGACUGGUAAAUACAAAUUCUUCAAAUCCAAAUUCUUGCUACAUUUCGUUUUAUCUUAAAAUAAGGACGCUUAGCACGAAUAAUUUCGUACACUAAUCCGCCAAUCUCUAUCGCACAGUUAUAUUGCUGUCCCGCCGAUGAUGUCCCUUAUGAUGCGGGCGUUCAAUGGCAUUGUGCGAGCGGGACAGCUAUAUACCUAUGCGUGUACGACAGAGACAGGGAUGGCAGGUCAAUCUACAAAACUCCUCGUGCUUAGCGUCCUUACUUUAGCAAUGAUAUCAUAGCGUUAUCCUCCUGUAUUAUUUCUAUGUUAUGAGUUGGUUGAAUGUCAUGGUUUUGGUUAAACAACUUUGUUCUAACUCGCGCGAAAAGACAUUUCGUAAUAAAAAUAUACGUGAGAUCAUCGGCCUACACAUGAACAGAUUUUACGUGUAUGGUGUAUAUUUAAGUAUUAUUUUAUACGCACGCUUAACUGAUAAUUAGCGGCAUAUUUAAGCCAUAUUUAGUCAAAAACCCAAUGGAACCGAAUCGAUAUUUUUGACAUUUACGGUAUUGUAACUUACCUACCGUUUGCACGCACCUUUAUAGUUCGUGUUGACAUAAUUACUAAAAAUACCUACUUCUAAUUGAUUUCCUAUUGUAAAUCAUACUUACGCCAGCUCUCGAGAUGAUAUUAGCGGUUUUUGUGUUGACCUUUGGUAUCUUGGACGGGGUGCCCCUUGAGCAGGGUUGCUGCGACCCCACCACCUGCAAGGAGCUCGUUUGCGGCAGCGAUUUUAAGACGUAUAGAUGCUUGUGCGAACUGGAGUGCGUCGAUUACUACUCGGGUAUGUUUCAAGAGCCAGGCAUCAUGAAAGUUCCGCUGUACAAAGUCCACAACGGGGACUGCAUCCCGCUGCCGUGCGAUUGUACCCCUGACCCCACCGGACCGUUCUGCGGUAACGACUCCCUGACGUACUUCAGCGAGUGCGUAUUUUAUUGUACCAAAUCAUCCACCAUUAAAAUGUACGACGGGCCUUGCAACGACGAGACGAACUCAACUGUGGUUUCGUAAAUAUCUGUACAGAGAUAGGUAGUUUUUCGUCUCCUUUUCUAGGAGAAAGAGGUAAUAUAACACUUUAAGCAUGUAGAAAGAGUCACAUACAACAUGUCGAUGUUAACAUGUAGAAAGAGGUAACUUUAAAAUUAGUUUUUUUUUGACUGACUGACUGAUCAGCUGAUCCGUUAUUUUAGUAUCUGUGGUUUAAAAAUACAGCUUAGCGUAGUAUAUGCAAGGGGGUGGAAAAGUAAAAUAAAGCUUUAUUGUUACUUUUAAA